UUUAAAGUUGAAAAACCAAAAUCCGCCGGAAGUCCCGAAUCCGUUAGCAUCACUUGUCCGGACGGCAGAACUGAAACCUCAAACUUUAUUCAUCCAGCAGCGAGAAUGUCAUCUUCUUCGACCCUCGUGACCAUGAAAAAGAUGGUCCAGCAGCUGCAUUUAGAGGCCAGCAUCGAUAGAGUGAAGGUUUCUCAGGCAGCUGCUGACCUCCAACAGUUCUGCAUGACCAACGCGACCCAGGACCCUCUGCUCACCGGCAUGUCCUCCAGCACCAACCCUUUCCGACCGCAGAAGGUCUGCUCCUUCUUGUGAGAACUUCCUUGGCCUUGAUAUCGUCUACAGGGAGAUGCACCUCAACACUACUCCUCAUGCCUCGCCAUCGCACUGCCACGGGAAGAUGUCUCACAUUUGGGCCAUUUGGGCUCAUUUCAGGAGGAAGAUUGUUUAUUUGAUUUUUUUCUUUUUUUCAGCCGCAGUGGAAAAAUAUUGGUAGUUAGGGUUUUUUUUCAUGGCACAAUGUGGGUUUUUGGUAAAUUCUUGUGCCCUUUUGUAUUAGUUUGAGUAAUCAUUGUUCUUUUUGACCUUUUUAUAUUUAAUAAAAAUCUUCUUUACUAC